AAUUUUGUUUCUUGAAGUCAAGAUGGCAGCGCCCACGAAACGCAAAUGGUGCUCUUUGUUUACACCAAGUUUACACUCAGCCGCUGCAGACAAGUCGCGUCCCGGCCGCUCGCACCUUCACCGUGUACAGGUUUUCCGCGUCAGUUGCCCUUCUUGUCCUGAAUAAUCGACCUACCCACCCUAAGAUUAUGGUUUACGCUUCGAAGAACUGCUACUACUGGACGAAGAACGGCGUCUCAUCACCAUGCUGGCCUUUCGUGCUGCCUACGGCUGAACGAGCAUCGGCGGCAGAGACGAUGUACUCUUUCACAACUUCCCACAUGAGAAAAAAAACAAUCUGCUCAGUGGAUCGCUGCUGUGAAAUGAAGUAAUUUCAAGCCUUCGAUUACCACUGUUCUCUGCUCAAAACAUUUUCGUGACAGUGACUACCAUCAGUUUAUCGCUAAUCCGUGCAAUGGGAUCUCCGGUGAAAUCUGCUCCACUGAGGCCUGGCGUGGUGCCGUCGGCGUUCGUUUACGAACGGAACGAAUCGCAGGUACCGAAAGCAGCAUUCUCGAAGGGGCGAAAACAUCAGUUGCUCUCUGAAGACACAACCAUCGGGCACACGCCAAGACCAAGUCAAUGUAGCGAAAGAGAUUAUGAUGACUGUGCAGCAGAGCCAGUACAUCAGGCAGCACUGGGUCUGGCUUGUGAGUCGGGACAAGCUGUAGAUACAUCACCAGACACGGCGUGUGAGCCAGGCCGUGGCACAAGCAAAUCUGUUCAAGUGGGACUACCAACUAGCCAGAAAGCAUCCCAAUCAUUUGAAAAGAAAAGUCUGUCAUCAAUUGCUACACAAACAGAACCACAUGCUGUUUCUUCAGGCUCCUUGUCUUUUGCAUCCUUGGAGCAGUCUUCAUCACUGGCGUCUGUUCGAGGCCAACUUCAUUGCUGCCAGCAGUGCACCUAUGUGACCUUGGACACGUCGACUAUGAACAAACACCUUCGGAAACACAUGGGCGAGCCCCCCUUACAGUGCCAGUUGUGUCCAGCUGCAUUCACUUACAAGUCAAAGCUGCUGGCUCACGUGCGCUCCCACACAGGAGAGCGGCCCUUCUCCUGUGUCCACUGCAGUGCGUCCUUUAUGCAUAAAGACAGCCUCGUGAGACACAUCCGCAAGCACACAGGAGAGCGUCCAUUUUCCUGUGCCCUCUGCAGUGCAUCCUUUCUGCAGCGAUACGAUCUUGUCAAACACAGCCGCAUGCACGCUGGAGAGCGGCUUUUUUCCUGUGUACACUGUAAUGCAUCCUUUGCAGUGAAAAACAACCUCAUUGUGCACAUGCGCACUCACACAGGAGAGCGUCCCUACUCAUGUGUGCGCUGUAAUGCAUCCUUUGCUCUGAAGCCCAGCCUCGUGAAACACUUCCGUACGCAUACAGGAGAACGUCCCUUUUCCUGUGUCCACUGCAGUGCGUCCUUUGCGCAGAGAAGCACCCUCGUGAGACACAUCCGCAUCCAUACAGGAGAGCGUCCCUUUUCCUGUAUUCACUGCAAUGCAUCUUUUUCGAUGAAAAUCCACCUCACUGAGCACAUGCGCCGUCACACAGGAGAGCGUCCCUUUUCCUGUACUCACUGCAAUGCAUCCUUUUCAUUCAAAAGCAACCUCAAUUACCAUAUGCGCACUCACACGGGAGAGCGUCCCUUCUUCUGUGAGCGCUGUAAUGCAUCCUUUGGUCGGAAGGCCAGCCUUGUGAGACACAUCCGCAUGCACACUGGAGAGUGUCCCUUCUCCUGUGUGCACUGCAAUGCAUCCUUUUCGACGAAGCGCACCCUCACUUGCCACAUGAGCACUCACACAGGAGAGCAUCCCUUUGCCUGUGCACACUGUAAUGCAUCCUUUGGUCGGAAGGGCAGCCUCAUGAGACACAUCCGCAAGCACAUAGGAGGCGAGGGUUGCGCCAGCACGGAUCGAGGGCAGCCCCCACUGCUUAUCUAGGAGGUAAAGUACUUUGGGCACAAAAGUAGGGUGAGUCCAGAUAUCUGGUAACUAUCUGUGCUCUAUCUUGCUAUGUGCGCACAAUGUUCAGUGCGUUGGUGACAUGUCGAUGCUAAAGGCAGUGUGACACGACAUUCUUCUGAAAGAUGGUCUGGAAUUCACACAUAUGGCUUCGUGGAACCCUCUUUUACUGUUUGCAAACAAUAUGUUUAAGCUGAACGAGAAGAGAAAUGUAAGUGUUUGAUUACUGUAAACCAUGAUCAUGAUGAAAGCGACUGACGAGAACCAAGGAAACCAAACGGGAAAUAACCAAAUUUUUACAUAAUUGGUUGUAAAAAAUGAUUAUGGAACAAAAUGAGAGUUGGAAAAUAAAGAGGUUGAAGGAGGUGGGUCGUUCUUCCAAAUUACUGAAGUGAGGAUCUCAAAUAUGUCUGAUAUUACACCUUCAUGUAGCAUAGGGGACUUAGAGGACCCCUGACAGCGAAAGGUUUGUCUGCGACUUUUUACUGUAAUUUGUAGCUUUGUGUCUGGUAAUCCCGGAAUUGAAUCGCGAAUGCUCUAACGCAUCGUAUAAUUAAUGCUAGCGUCGUUAAUUGAGAAAAAUUUUGCAUAAUUUCAAAAUGCCUGCUUAAAUAAGAAAAACCUUGGUAAUUUGUGCUCAGUUAAUUGGGAAUCCCGGAUAAUUUGUAUUAUUUGCGCGGUACCAAAUUUUUACAUGUAAAUUUAACCGGAUAAUUGGCGUGGCCAGUCUGCCACUUCCCGGUUAAUUAACACACUUGGCCGCGACUUCCGAGAUAUGCAAAGGGUUUUGCGAAUCUCGGAGGCUGUAACUAAAACAUGCAUUUUUUUUUAAAUGUACGGAU